AUGUCUGUCCAGAUACCAACAGCAACGUACCGUUGCUGCCGCCUUGUCGGUCAGUUACAGAAACGAAAUCUCUCUUCACAAUGCUUGCGACUAUCAUCCACAAGCUCUGCAACCCAACACAGACGGAGGAACGGUGUGACAGUCUCAUCACAGUCGAGAAGAUGGCAGUCAACCGAUGCUGCGGACGCAACCACGAAUCCUAAGAUUGCCGGUAUUGUGGAUCAAAUAUCGCAGUUGACACUUCUGGAGACGGCCGACUUAGUCGCAAGCUUGAAGUCACGUCUCAACAUCCCCGAUAUGGCCUUCGCCGCUCCCGCAGCUGCUCCGGGAGCAGGUUCUGGGGCUGCUGCUGCCCCGGUUGAAGAGGAGGAAGCUGCCCCUGCGCCGGCAGAGAAGACCAUGUUCACCUUGAAAUUGGAGUCGUUCGACCCUGCCGCGAAGCCGAAGGUCAUCAAAGAAGUCAAGAGCAUGCUCGGCCUGAGUUUGGUGGACAGCAAGAAGUUUGUGGAGAGUGCACCCAAGGUCCUCAAGGAAAGUGUGCCGAAAGAGGAUGCCGAGAAGAUCGUUGAGACGUUGAAGGCUUUGGGCGCUGUGGUCAAGAUGGAGUAA